ACGCUGCAUAAAGCAUAGUUUUUUUUCCUAUAUUUAUUGGAAACGUUUGAAAAAACCGCAAACGUAUAUAAAACAAAAAUGCCCAAGGAGAAAUCCAGACGUCGCAGCCGCAGUCGCAGUAGACACAAGCAAACCGAGUAUAGUCGCAAGCGUAGCGUCAGCCGGGAUAGACGCCAAAGUGAUGCUGUGCCAGUUGAGAAGCGGGAACGAGAGCGCGAACGCGAAAGGAAUAGGGACAAGAAAAGCGAUAAACACAGACGCCGUGACCAUCGCAGUAGAAGCCACAGUAAGCGAAACCACAAGCGCAAGGAGCGUCGCACCCGCUCCAGCUCCAGUUCCAGUUCAUCCAGCUCAAGCUCUAGCUCAUCUGAUAGCAAAGGAAAAGACAAAACUAAAGGUACAGCUAAGGAUAGUACGGAGUCUAGCGCAAUAAAGCUGCUGCGCACGCUGGAGGAGCGACGAAUGCGCGAGCAGGCACAACGCCAGCGUGAGAAGGAGCAGAUCAAGGCUAAUGAGACCCCCGAGGAGAAGCGUGCUCGAAGGCUGCAAGAGAAACAAGCCAAGGAGUCACGUCGUCGCGAGCGUAUGGGCUGGGACAAUGAGUACCAAAUGUACUCCAAUGAGGACAAUCCCUUUGGCGACUCAAAUCUCACCUCGCACUUCCAUUGGGGCAAGAAGCUUGACGCCGAGGGCCUAUCCAAACUGUCAACCAAAACCGUGGAGGUGCUAACUCUGCAAAAGCAAGUAGAGAAUCGUCGCGAGCUGGAAAAAGUCAAGAAGCGUCGUCAGGAACGCGAGCUAGAACGUCAGGCACGCGAGGAUGAUGCCAUGUGCCUGCAGCGCUCCAAGGAGGCGGUGCAAUUCAGAGAGUGGCAACGCCAAGAGGAUCAAUUCCAUUUGGAGCAAGCACGUCUACGCAGUGAAAUACGCAUUCGCGAUGGACGUGCCAAGCCCAUUGAUCUGUUGGCCCAGUAUGUGGCAGCUGGUCAACAGGAAACGGAAAUGGAACAAGCGCUGGAGAUGCAAAUGCAUGAACCGUAUAUGCUGCUGCAGGGGCUGGGCAUAGAGGAGCUGGAGGAUCUACUGGUGGACAUUAAAGUAUACGAAGAGCUGGAGGCGGGCAAACAUAUGGACUUCUGGCAGGAUAUGGUUACCAUUGUGCAGGAUGAGCUGCAAAAGCUGCUCAAGAAACAACAGAGCGAAGCAAACACGUUGAAUCAACGGAGAGAUGGCAUACACCAGAGCGUGGUCAAGGACGUGUCGGAUAUAUUUCGUGGCAAGAAUGCACAUCAGCUGCAGGAAAUGCGUGAACGCAUUGAGAACAAGAUACAUGGACGCGCCGAUGGCGUUGAUAUAAGCUACUGGGAAAGUUUGCUGUCCCAACUAAAGGCGCACAUGGCACGCGCACGGCUGCGGGAUCGUCAUCAGACAUUGCUGCGCGAGAAGCUGCAGAUGCUGAAGCAAGAAAGCGAAAGCAAUGCGGAUCUCAAGAUGGAGCAGCAGCAGCAGGAAGAGGAGGAGGAGCCAGAACCAGAGUCGGAGACAGCGGAUUCACCGAUGGAGCAAGAUAAUCCCAUGCAACUACUGCUGGCGUCGGCGCGACUCUACCAGGCAGGCAACUACUCGCCUGUUUAUCAGUCUGACUCUGAGUGCACUGCUCGCCGCAUGAAUCCCGACGAGGAGGAUUCACAAGAGGGUCUAGUCUAUGAGGAGAGCGAUGACGAGAAACGUGUGCAGCGCCAGCGCUUGAACUUGCUGCAUCCAGAGCGUGCACAGGAGACGGCAGCGCCAUUAAGCGCUCAGGAGCAACGCAUGCGUAGCGUGGCGCGUCAAGGCAUGCAGGGAGAUGAGGCUGAGUUCAGCGUGGAGACUACGGUGGAUGCUGUGCCUCAGCUGGCCACCGACAAGUAUCGUCCACGCAAGCCGCGCUACUUCAAUCGCGUGCACACGGGCUUCGAGUGGAAUAAGUACAAUCAGACUCACUACGAUAUGGACAAUCCGCCACCAAAAAUUGUGCAGGGCUACAAGUUUAACAUAUUCUAUCCGGAUCUUAUGGACAAAUCACAGACGCCACAGUAUUUCCUCACGCCCUGUGCGGAUAAUGGUGACUUUGCUGUGCUGCGCUUCCACACCGGUCCGCCGUAUGAGGACAUUGCGUUUAAGAUUGUCAAUCGAGAGUGGGAGUUCAGCUAUAAACGCGGCUUUCGCUGUCAGUUCCACAAUAAUAUCUUCCAGCUGUGGUUCCAUUUCAAGCGAUAUCGCUACAGGCGUUAAAAACAAACAAUACUUCAUUUGCUAUAUGCUUUUUUUUUAGAAAUAAAUUA